GAAAAACAAACGGUUGAGCGGCUUCCUCUCUCCGGAUCAGCUCGCCGGAUUCUUGAACGUUUUACUUUACAUUUCCGUUAAUUUGAGCGAAUAUCGGUAAACAGGUUCCGUGUUUGCGGUUCUACUUUGGUUCGUACCUGGCUCGGCUACACUCGGACCACACUCAGCCCCGCGGCUGCUCGGUCACAUUCGGCUUUUGUCGUUCGGAGGAGGAAUGGACGAAGCGGACUCGGCCACGAAAGCGCUCGGGCUGGAUGAACCGCCCAUCGACAUGCCGCCGGUGGAGCAAGUGGGCUCGGAUACCGAGUCGGAGGCCGAAGUCACCACAAUGGCCGUGAUGGCAGAACCGGGAAACAUCGACAUGGGAGCCGAGUCCCUGCCGAAUUCAGACGAGGCCGAGGCGGCAUUUGCAGAGGUGACGGCUGUGACGGUGGCGGACGUUCAAACUGCAGAGGACAACGUGUUUACGACGACGGUUGCCACGUCAGGAAGUCUCCCUGAACACGUGCUGAGUGGAAGGACAACCCUGCAGCUGGGUGAUGGUCUCAGUACCCGGAAGGCCACCUUGAUUGUAGUUCACACCGAUGGCAGCAUCGUGGAGGCUACUGGCCUCAAAUCUGCUGCCGCGAUGGCACCAGGCCCACAGACCCCACCCACCCCGCUGACUCCACCCCAGGACAAAGACUCCUGCUCCAAGUACAACUGGGACCCCUCAGUGUACAACAACGAGCUGCCUGUCCGCUGCAGGAACACCAGCGGAGUUCUCCACAAGACCCGACUGGGAUCAGGGGGCAAAGGUCGCUGCAUCAGACACAACCAGCAGUGGUUCACCCCCACUGAGUUCGAAGGUCUGGCGGGAAGAGCGAGCAGCAAAGACUGGAAGAGGAGUAUCAGAUACGCUGGCAGACCUUUGCUCUGCCUCAUACAGGAGCGUAUCCUGAACCCCCACGCUGCUUCCUGUACGUGUGCAGCCUGCUGUGAUGACCUGUCAGGGUGUCCAAAGGAUGGAGAGACUCUGGAAGCAGAAAACAUCAGUAUGACGGGUCCAGUCCGCCUCUUCGUCCCGUACAAGAGACGCAAGAAGGACAACGAGCCUGCCGUUAUCUCCCCCAAAAAAGAACUUACUGCUACCAAAAACAUCACGCUGACCCCGGGGACCACAUUCACGGUGUCCCCGUCAGGACAGUUCACCACCUCCGGCACCUUGACCUUUGACCGCACCCCGACGAGCGACGCCACCGCCGCCGCCGCCGCCGCUGCUGCCAUCAUCUCAGAAGGCUCGGCGCAGAGCGAGGUGUUCGCCAGCACAGCAGUGCUGACGGCGCUGCCGGCGCUGGCCGUGACUCCUCAGCCGGUUCAGGCCAAGAUGGCGGUGACAGUGACGUCAGCGUCACCGUCUCCGCCGGUGGGGCUGGUGAGCGGGCUGGAGGGGGGGCCUGUAGGGGGGGGGGGUGGGGGUGGGGUCAACGAGGGGCAGAAGAACACCUGGCUGUACCUGGAGGAGAUGGCCAACACGCUGCUGAGCAACGUCCAGCAGCUGAAGGCUCUGAUCGAACAGGCUAAAGACUCUGCAGGGGACACUGCAGGGGUCAAAGGUCACGGAGGCAGGAAGGAGUGUAGUCUCAGUCAGUCGUUUCAGAACCAGAUCACGUUUGAGCAGCCGGAUGACUCGGAGGCCAAGAGGAGCUCUGAAAACAUCACCGAGAUCAUCAUCAACCAAAUGUGUGUGAACUGCGGUCGGGUGGCGAUGAGUGAGUGUACAGGCUGUCACAAGGUCAACUACUGCUCCACCUUCUGUCAGAGGAAGGACUGGAAGGAACAUCAGCACACCUGCUGUCAAUCAGCAGGGGGCGUGGCUGUUCAGGAGGAGGAGCCAAUCACAGCCCUCGACAUGGACAAAGUGAAAUGAAGGUGCCCACCAAACACGAGGCCGUCACACAGGAAUUCCUUAUAUGGUGCGAAGAGGAGCGAGUCUGUUUUGAAGACUUUGAAUCUCCUCACUGGAACUUUUAUUGUGAAAAGUCCCCUCAGACCGACAGGAAAAGACCUGAUCUCUGAUCUGCUGAGAGAUGAGCGUAUAAAAACGUUAAGACUUUUAUAUUAUAUUUGUAGAGCGAAGUUGGAUUUUUUUUUUUUUCACCUUCGAAUGAGUUUCACUAGCAGUUUAUUAUGAUGUUACAGAGAGGAUGAUAACACAGUUUAGGGCUGAAACUAACUGUUAUUUUCAUUAUGGAUUAAUCAGUCAAUUAUUUUCUUAAUUAUCUAUACCCAUAAUGAUUUUUUAUUUCUUAUCUUCCCUCAGUUACCGUUUUCUCUCUGUUGUUUCAUGUAACAGUAUUGUACCGCCAUUUUGACUCCAGAUAAACUGAUUUAAAUCUCCGUCCAGAGAACGUUCUGGUUAAACAAAGGUCAACACAUCAAUAAA